AUGGCAGCCAUCCCCUCCAGCGGCUCAUGCAUGGCCACCCACAACUACUACCGGCACCGCCUGGGCUCCACUUCCAGUAACAGCUCCUGUGGAAGUGCCGAGUACCCUGGGGAAGGCAUCCCCCGCCACCCCGGUCUCCCCAGAGCUGACCCGGGACACUGGUGGGCUAGCUUCUUUUUCGGGAAGUCCACUCUCCCAUUCAUGGCAACAGUGUUAGAAUCCCCAGAGCACUCAGAACCAGCCCAGGCCUCCACUGGCAUGAUCACCUGUGACCUGGCUCAGGAAGCCAUGGGGAAGCAGCAGCCUGGCGGCCAGCCUGGCCAAACCAACUACAGGCCCCUGUCCUGA